ACAGGAUGUAUCGAGGAGAGAUUUGUAAGACAUAGUGAGAACUCAGUCCCAACACCUUCCGCCUGUCAGACAACAAAGAGAACGCCAAAUAGUAUCGAGUGGAAGCCUUCCCUGGACUCUUGCCAGGAGGCAAGGAGCACCGCAUUUUAGCACAGGCAAGAGCUCCCUUGGGUAAGGUUGGUAGUCAGGUCUAGCCCUACCCACCUGUCCUUACGUCUGUAUUAUCACCUCUACUCUGUGGCAACCCUCAGCCUGAACAGUGUUUUUCUAGACUUCCUAGUGAAGUUUUCUCCAGGCCACUACAGGCCUAGAAUAAUGUUUUUUUCCAAUUUGAGCCCUCUCUCCCGACCCCAUGCUCAUUCCUGGUUUCCCUCCGUCUCUUCCUUGCAUUCAUCUCUCGCAUCCGUCCAUCCUUCUAUUCUGCUUUGGACACUUUGCUGAGCUGUGUGCACUAACCAUAGUCGUUGCUCGUACUAGAUCAACACUGAGCACGCACCAGACCUCCUCCUAGGAUGUCCAUAUGCUCCCUCCCCACCCUCAUGACACUUCCACAAAAUGUCACAUGUCUCAUUUCACAGACGGAGUAGGUCAGAAGGGUCACAGCACUGAAUCUGUUAGCUCUAGGAUUUGAGCUCAGCCUUGUUCAGUUCUUCAUCCCAGGUCCAGCUUUAGGACCUGGUACUGUGUUGUGAUCCCAGUUCACAAAACAGAAACCUUCAAUCAGACAACCCCAAAGAGCCAUGGGUGUACAAAGAGCCUCCAUGUCAGACGCUCAUCUCUGAGUCAAAGUUUCCUGGAACUACAGGGCCAUUAGUUCCACCCAGGGGUUCUUUCUCUCUCCUGAUGUCUGGGACGUUCUUACUUUAGAAAACAAACUAUGGUUUCAUGUUGAAAAAUCCUACCAAAUUUCCAGCAAAUGCGAAAUUGUGUAGGUUGUAGGAAAGAGAUGUUAUUUUUGGCAGGAGUAGUCUAAGCCCGGCAGUAAACGUCUGAAAACACAAUAAUAAAAGUGAUUUUAACAUCCUGUUUCUUACCCUUUUGUUGAUUUUUGAGCAUUUCUUCCCAAGCAAGGAGUUGUGCAAUGAGAAUUGAAAACUGCCAAAGUUCAUUGUUGGUUUUGUUUGGUUCCUUUUCCAUGUGUCUGUGUGCCUCAUGUGCUCUACGUCUCACCCUCAGCAAGAGAAACGAUUGUGAAGCACUCUGAGUGUGGCCUAAAGACCACAGGGGCAAAGGGAGUUGGCAUAGCUCACAGAGGUUCACCAAGGGCCAUACUUAGUGGUAGCUACGACUGAGCAUUCACUCAUCUUUCUAGACAAAACGGUUUCAGAUCAUUCCAUCUUCCUGAGCAUCUUGAAGAAACUCCCAGUCUGGAGUAAGAGUUAGGGCUGUGGAGGCGGGAAGUAGACGGCUUCAUCCAGACCCCAGUUCUGUACGUCUCUGUCUGGGUCACCUUGGAUAUGUUGUUCACCCUCUCUGGCUCCUUGUCCUCUUACCUCUGCUCCCUAGGCUCGCCAUGUUCACAGCAGAGCUUCCCUGGAGCAGUCUGGCAUGUAAAGUGUUAAAUGAAGGUGCUCCCGUCAAGGAUGCUAAUGGUUCUUUUAUUGUUUUGGCACUUUUUAAAAAUUGGACCUUACUAUGUAGCUGAAACUAGCUUAAAAGUUGUUAUUGUUGUUGUUGUUAUAUUACUAUUAUUAAAUUCUUAAAAUUUCGUGUGUGGGUGUUUUGCCUACAUGUAUGCUAGUGCACUACAUGUGUGCCUGGCGCCUGAGGAGGCCAAAAGAAGGCACCAGUUUCCCUGGAAUUGGAGCUACAGAGGAAUUAUGUGGGCAUUGAGAAUCUAUCCUGAUCCCCUGCAAGUGCUCUUAACUGUUAAGCCGUUUCUCCAAGUCUUGCCUUCAGAUUCUUGAUCUUCGGCCUUACUUCCUGCAUGCUGGAAUUGUUAGCAUAAGGUAUUAUAUCUGGUUCCCCCAAACUGUUUUUUUUUUUAUUAUUAUAUUGAUUUUGUAAAUUUGACCUGGCUGUAAAUAAAAUUUUACCUUGCAACUUCUCGGUGUUAGCUUCCGGUUUCUGGCACCAUUAACUGAGAGUUCAGGGGUGGAGAGUAAGGUAUUCUGGCCAUACCCAGUAGAAGGUAGAAUGUGAGAAGAGCUGGGAGAACCCAGUGCCAGAUUCACUCUGAUGUUACACAAUCAUCUCACCCAUUUGCCCCAUGUUUGAAACCUAGCAAUAUCUACACUAGGCUAGACUCUGGGCAAGCCUGUGAGAGAUCAUUUAGAUUGGGUUGCAAAGGGAAGAGUCACCUUAAAUGUGGAUAGCACAAUUCCAUGGGCUGGAGUCCAGAACUGCAAGCUUCUUCUGCUUCUGACUGUGGAUGCAAUGUCAGCAGCUGCCUCACAGGUCCCACAAAGGAGCCCCGCCCCACAGUGAAGAACUGUAUCUUGGAACCAUGAGCUGAAACAACCCUUUUGUUUUUAUUCUUUUACUUUUUAUUGACUCUUUGUGAAUUUCACAUCAUGAACCCCAAUCCCACUCAUCUCCCUGUCCCUUUGUACCUGUUCUCCCCUCCCCCAAGAAAAUAAAAAAUAAAAAUAAAAACGAAAAACCAAACAAACAAACAAAAAUUUGGUCAUGGAAGCUGUGGUGUGUCCCAGUGUGUCCCACAGUACACCCUUUGUCCACACUUCUUUACUUACAAAUGUUCAUGACAGCGAGUCAUUGGUGUCCAGCUUCCGUUAUACCAUCAAUACUCGAUCCUCAUCAGGACUCCUCUUAGAUAUCCUGUUGUUGUCCUGUGUCAUGGAGAUCCUGCAGCUUUGGAUCUGCAGGGCGGCCAUUUCACAUGCUCCAGCAGUUCAGAGAUGAUGUAGAUAUUGGGGUGAGCCAACUCAGAGCCCUGGAUCUGGGCCUGGGUGGUAGCUGAAUUGGUCAGCUCAUCACUCUCCCACAGCCAUACCACCAGGGCCAGCUUACUGGCCCCUUCACCACAGAGGCCAGCUCUCCCACCUGCUGCAGGUGACAAAGUGGGUGGGGAGGGCAUCACUCCCUCUCCCAUGCCACCUCAUGGUACACAAGUGUCAGGGCCAGCUCUCCCAUGCUCACGCACUCUGGGCCUGAUCAACCUAACUUCUGUUACCAGGUCCAGCUCUCCCGUGUAACCCAGGCAAGGUGCAGGUCCCCUUUCCCAAGUAGUGCAGGUAAACCCUUCCUUGUGUUUGCUUUUACCAUAUAUUUAAUGAUAGUAAUUGAACAAAUUAUUAAAACGGUAGUUCUGCCACUCUUUGUAAAACAAAAUAAAUUACUUCUCUAGUUUUAGUUCUUAGUGCUGGAAUAGAAGGCUUUGAUUCAGAGUCUCCUGAUUUGGGGCUUCUGAGAUGCUAGGGAAGCUUGUACUCACCUGAGAGGUCUGACUAUACUAAACAGUAACAUUUGACAGUUGGCAACAGGGCAUUUCUGUUGGCAGUUGUCCUGGUUAGUUCUCAUUGGCUACUUGAUGCAACCUCAAGUGGCCUGGAAAGAGGGAACCUCAAUUUCAGAGCUGCCUCAAUCAGAUUGGCCUGUAGCCAUGACUGUGAGAGAUAGCCUUGAUUGAUGAAGGCUGUGAGAGGGCCUUGCCCACUGUGGGUGGCACCAUCCCUAGGCUGGUAGGCCUGGGCUGUAUACAAAAGCCAGGUGAGCAUGAACCAGUGAGAGAGUCGGUAAGGAAUAUCUCUCUCUGCUUCCUGCCUCCAAGUUUCCCUGCCUUCAGUUCCUGCCCUAACUCCCCUCAAGGAUAGAAGUGACCCAGAACAAGCAAAGUAAACCAAACUGCUUUUACUCCGUGCUCUGUUACAGCAAGAGGAGAGUAACUAAGUCAAUAGCAAAGUCAGUUGAACUGUGAGUAUGAGGCAGUGAUCACAAAUGCUUUUCUAAUGAAGGGUACAUAAAGCUCUGUCCAAGGCCUGCUGGGAAGCAGCGUAGCUAAGAUUUGUCACAGCCUUGAGGGAAGCACCUGUCCGCGGUGCUGCACAUAGGAAAGCGGCAGAAGCAAAGUGAGCACGGAGAGCCCUUGGCCCAGUGGUUAGGAACGCAGCGUGGCUGUGCUUCUGUGUGGGUGAGCUUGAGCAACUCCUGCAUUUCUUCUUCGGUGAGUUUCUCCUUGCAUCGUAGUCGUAAUUAAAGGAAUUUAAGUACACCAAGUACCCAAAACUGUUCUUGACAAAGCUCUUAAUUAGCAUUAAUUACUGCCAUCAUCAACAUUUUAACAACACCAGCGGAUGGAAAGAGGGUGGAUCCAGAAUCAGGUGAUGGAUCUCUGCAAGGAGACUUACCCAGCAGGAUAGACUGGCUUGGGGAAAGGAUCCUCACAGACCAAGCUAAGCUGGUUAGGAUAGUCUGGGUGCUGCACAGACAUUUUAAAGAAGUUCCUGAGCAGCUAGCUGACUUAUUCCAAAGUGAAUCCCAGACACGGGCAACUGGAAAACAUGAAUAGGAAGACAAGUCUCUAAAAAAGCAAAACGGUAUAAGUUCACCCCAGCCAAGGGACAAGGCUCUAGUCCUAAGGAGACCAACUAAGGCAGGAGAUGGUCUGAUGAGCUAGGUCCUCACAGGGAGGAAGGUCAGCUGAAAGGGAGGAACAGCGGCUGUGACAAGGGAGACCUGGCAGGUUCUCAAAGCUCUCCUGUAAACUGGGAGCUAAUUACAAGCUCGGUGAGGAUAAGCCUAAGCUCCUGCUAGAGCAUCCGUGGCCUUCAGUGACUCACUGAGAGACUCCAUGUGAGUGAGCUGUCCUCAGUCAGAGCACAGCUCCUAACUGGAUGAUAACCUGGUGUUCUGGGAGGUGCAUGGGCAGGACACAAGGAACUCGGGGAUUGGGGGAGGGAGUCAUUUCUCAACAGUAACAAGGGCCUGAGUCUGGAAGAAAAAGACUUUCCUUGUCUGCCUCGGCUGUACGCAUGGUCUGUUCUUGGAGAAAGAGAGCUCCUAGGUUUACAUAAGCUGUCUCCUUAGUUUUAUAACAAUUGCCAAAACAAAACAAAACGGCAAGGUUGGAGUCUGAGACCAAAGCAAGCCCCUUGGCCUGCAGAGUUUGCGAAAUUUCCCAAAUAGUUUACCAAAUAUGAGAAACUCUGCACUCAAUGGUUCUUUUGUUUUGUUUUGCUAUGAUUUAAUUUAGAAGCAACCCCGAAUACUUGAGCCUAUUAGAAACUGUAUUAGUUGCAGCCUGGAAGUUUGAAUUUCAAAUUUCCUGUUAUUUUUCUUUUUCUACUUACCUGUUUUGGAGGCAUAAACUACUCCUAUGAAGGGGUGAAAAAAAGGUUCAAAUAGCAAUUUUUCUGUACUUCAGAGACAUUUUUCUAAUUGCUUCUGAGUUGUUUUUGUUUGUCUUAAAAUUUCUAUAGGGUAUUGCUUAAAGUAUCUGGUCUAUAUAUGUAUAUAUUGCUUUGCAGUUUUGACCUGUGCCUUUUUUUUUAACCUUUCUGGACCUUUUGGUUUAUAUUAUCUAUGAGUCGAGUGCCUAUUGAAGCCACCCGAGUUAAAGGGUGCGCGGUGAGAAUUUAGCAACGACUCAAGUUUGAAAUUUGAGUUUCUUAAAUGAAUAGAAACGAGGACAUGGCUGUUCCCAGUACAGGUGAGAAGACUAUUGUAGCUCUGAGGGAGAGCACAGCCAGAGACAUCUGGAAGGAUCCAAACUGAACUAGGUAUUGCAGGGAGGGUAAGGGGCAGAGCGAGAGAGAAAAAGAAGAAAGAGGGCAAGCGAACCAGGAGAGUAGUAAACGCUAAGGAGCACACGCCUGAAAUGUCAAGUUUAUAAAGGAAUGAGAAGUUGGGAAGGGAAGCAAAGCCCAGUCCCUGGUCUGCAGGGGUUGCGGUUAGGGGGUCGGGUGAGACAUGCUGGGAGGAGCCACGGGGGGCGGGGCUAGAAGUGCUGGGAGGAGCCACAGGUACUGAUCCCAGGUGUCUUUCGGAUCUGACACUAGAGGAAGCCAUUCUAUUGAUUUUUUUUACUUCAUUAGUUAACAACAGCAAUAAUCGGACACUUUAUUUUUCUAAUAUGAAAGGGUGCAGAUGACAGAUUCGUUUCUGUUAAGUUCAUCGUCUAAAGACUUCGAAAUAAUCUGUUGUACUUCUAAUAAUAUAACUACAUCCAAAAUAUCUUUCAACUUCCUCCCGCACAAAGGUUUGAUCUUAGACACAAGAUCUGAGGAGAUGGUUUGGGGACAAGGGAUUAAGAUCACUCCUUUGUGGAUUUAUCAAAGCCCGUUUCAAAAACACCAUCUGGCUGUUGUCGUUGGAAGAAUAGCAAUGUGAGCCUAGAUGCUCUAUAUAAAUAAGUAGAAUUUAUGUUUUUGUCCAGCGAUACACAGAUUUGAUUUCAUUACUAUUCCAUUACUAAUGGAAUACAGAGUGUUCUCAAUGCUUAUUUUGGCUUCAAGUUGCUUUUCUAUCUCCAUGAUCUUUAGUAGGUUUUACUGGCCCAGAACCAGCUAGAAAAGAUUCUAUGCUAGCUCUGAUAUAUUGGCAACUUAAAGCCUUGUUAAACAUCUUGACAUCGGUAUUUUUACAGUUCUACCUUCAGAAAUUAACACUGCAAAUGGAUUCCAGCUGGGUUCUGUUAGAAAUCAUGCUAGCUAGGAAGCAUGGGUAGGUCUAUUCUUUGAUAUUAACUUCUACUUGCAGAUGAUUAAAACAAUACUAAAUGAGAAAGAAAUGCUUUCCAAUUGUAUCUUUUCAUUGUUUUUGUUCAUUUGUUUUUUUAGGUGUUGCUGUUGUUGUUGUAUGGGGUUUUUUGAAGUGCCAGAUUUGGAACCCAAGCUCUUGCCAAUGCUUGGCAAAUACUCAGUCCUUGGGUUUUUUGAGAGUUUCCCUGUGCAGUGUAAGCUGUUCUUGACUUUGCUAUGUAGGCUGUCCUCAAACUUACCAUCCUCUUCUCUUGCUUCAGUCUUCUGAAUAGCUGGGGCUAUAUAGAAAAAGCCCACUGUACCUCACACAUACAUACAUACAUACAUACAAUACAAUACAUACAUACAUACAUACAUACAUACAUAUAUACAAUACAAUACAUACAUAUAAUACACAUAAUACAAUACAAUACACACACACACACACACACACACACACACACACACACACACACACGGAGACACCCUUGGCUGCAAUUCAGGCUAGGUUGGAUGAGAGAGACUAUCACAUCAAAUCAAAAAGUAGAAACAUUCAGCUGGGUGCGGUGGCACAUGCCUUUGACGCCAGUGCUUAAGAGGUAGAUAGAUCGCUGUGAGUUCCAGUCCAGUUAGGGAUGGGAACACAGUGAGCUGAACAGCAACAACAGGACAAACAUCCAUCACUCUCUGCUUCCCAGAUGUGAACAAGAUCUGAGUAGCUGCCACCUGCUUCCACUGCCCUGCUGUCCCUGAGGACAGACCGGUCUUCCUGGACUUUAGUCCAAAAUAAACCCCUUUAAGUGGCUUUUGUUUGGUAUUUUCUCACAGCAACAAGACAGAUAUCUAGUACCAAAAAAACCAAAACAAACAAAAAACGGUCCAGUCAAGCAGUGGUGGCACACGCCUUUAAACCCAGCACUUGGGCAGCAGAGGCAUGUGGAUCUCUGAGUGUGAGUCCAGCCUGGUCUACAGAGUUCCAGGACAGCCAGGGCUACGCAGAGAAACCAUGUCUUGAAAAACCAAAUCAAACCAAACCAAAACCAACCAACCAAAAAAACCUGGAACAGAGAAAUAGGAAUUACUGUUGUGAUAAGCCUGACCAUAGGGAUAUUAGGCCUUUGUAACUGGCUUGCAGAAGGAAUAUGGAAGCGUUUGAAACUGGAUCAAGUAUAAAGUGGAGGACUGGUUUCUGAAGUCCCAGAGUGGGAAACAAGGACUCCAGUGGGAACUGGGCUAGACAUCAUCACGACAGCGUGGCAAAAAACCAAGCUGCGUUCUGGCUGUGCCUGGAAAGCUUAGGUGAGGCCCGACAUAGGAGUGACGGACCACUGUGUUCGGUGGAGGAAAUUCAAGGCAGGCGAGCAGCAUACGGCUGUGAUAUGGUGAUCGCUCAGCCUUCUUCUUCAUAAAUGCAGUGAAAAACAGCAACAAGUGGGGCAGGAAGAGAAAGUAGGCAGUUUUCCAUGGAAAAGGGCUCAAGUAUGUUUAAAGUUGCAAAAAUAGAGGCUGCGGCUGUUAAAAAGAGAAGCGUCCAGCUUUGCAGGGGGUUGGGGGAACGUGGAGAGGAAAGACCAUGCCCAUUGGAAUCUGAAAAUGCAAAUUCACUUGAAGGGAGAGGGGCUGAACUGAGGAUGUUGCUGCUGUGCUCUGGAAAGGAAAGCAGCUACCUAGGGAAAUAUUUCCCCAGUGGCAGCACAGAGGUUACUAUAAACUGUGAUCCAAAAGGGUCAGGUUCCGCCUGAAGCUGACUUCAGUGUUACCCAAGUGGUACGGAUUUGCAGCUAUGAAAGAUGCAGCGUUGAGGGGAUCAGGAAGCCUUGUGCUAUGGUUUCAGAGGGCUGCCGAGGUCGUGCAACGUACCGCAACUUUGGAAUCCCUGCCAAGGAGGCCCUGUAUGGCCACCGUAGCAAAUCAUAAAGGUGAAGCCCAAGUCACAACAAAGACCCCAAGGCAUUAGAAAUGCUGGAACCAUCGCAUGUUUGCCAAGUGCUGCACGGCUGUGCACAGCUGGCUCAAGAAGGAAGCUGAUUGUGCUGUGGGCAGCAGAGUUGGAGGGGUGGGGCUCCUAAAGCACGUUGGUGCCCAGAUGAUUCCGUCAGACUCCAGCUACUAGACACGUUGCUGCAGGACUUGGUGUUUACCCUGCAGGCUUUUCAUCUUAAUUUGGCCCCAGCAUUCCUUGCGAUACCUCAACCCUUCUGUUUUGGAAUUGAAAGUUUGUUCUGUGACUUUGUGUAUUGUAAGAAUGUAACUUGUGAUUUUGUAGGUACUCACGGGUGAGGGUGUCUUUUUUUUUUUUUUUUUUUUCUUUUUCUUUUUUUUCGGAGCUGGGGACUGAACCCAGGGCCUUACCACUGAGCUAAAUCCCCAACCCCUGAGGGUGUCUUGAGACGUUGGACUGAAGCACAUUUUGUGUAUGAUAUCUGUGUUUGGGUGUUGAUGCAUACACACCAUAGUGCAUAUGUGGAAGUCAGAGGACAACUUGUGGGAGUCGGUUCUCUCCUUCUGCCCUGGCUUCAAAGGGACAAGACUCAGCGUUGCACAACAAAGCGCUUUCCCACUGAGCCAUCUCACAAGGCCCAAGGCUUUGGACUUUUAACUAGAGUUGAAAAAAGACUACAGCAACUUUAGAAGCUGGGCUGGAUUCAUUUUGUAUUAUGAGAUAGCCUUGAGCUGGGGGCUGAAAGUGGUGUGUGUUUGGGUUUUGACAGAGGAUGGGAUUAUGUUAAUAUUUCAAAAUUCACAAGAACUGACGUCACUGAAGGGAAAGCUCUGGGCAUUUUGGUGAUGAUUAUCUAGAUUAUGUCCAUCCAGGGGAAAGAUUUACCCUAUACAGGUGGACAGUACCAGGCUAGGAUCCCUGAAUGAAGGAAAAUAGAAAGGGGGCCAAGCCUGGUGUCCAACAGUUUUAAUACCAGUUCAAAAGCAGGCAGAUGCCUGUGUUUGAGACCAUCCUGGUCUACAUAGCAAGUUUCAAACUAGCCAGGGUUACGCACUGAGGCCUUGUCUUUCAAAAAAAAAAAAAAUCUUAAAAGGUGGGGUAAUUUAAAUAAAUGUAGAUUGUCUUCAGUUAUCAAUUAAAAAAAAAAUUAUUCUAGGGUCUGGAGAGAUAGAUCUACCAGAGGACCAGGACUUCAUUCCCAGUACCCGUACCAUAACUGACAACCCUCUGUAACUCCAGUUCCACGGGAAAUGACGCCCUCUACUGGCCUUCAAAGACAUGCAUAGACCAUGCAGAUGAAACACCCGAACACAUUUUACUUUUACUUAUGUGUGUAUGUGUGUAUAUGUGCAUACGAGUGUAUGUCCCACGGAUGCUGGGGCCUGGGCUGACAGAUCCCUUACGCUGAAAUUACAUGUGGUAACGUAACAGUUAUGAAGUACUAUUUGGGUACCUCAAAUCUGAGAAGCCUCUAAGGCAUAGAAUUAUACCAGAGAUGGAAAACAAGUCAAACAAAACAAAAGCCCCGACACAGGGACUUUCCUGUUCUGUGCCGGAAAAAUGGUGAAGAGGGUUUCUAUCACAUACAGGUAAAAGGGGUGGGGCUAGAGCGCAGAGAGGUAUUCCUUCACAGUCUGACCAGGUGAGGAACGUAAAGUCGUCGGAAAUGACUAUAGCGGAUCUCAACAGAGGGCUGCAGGACAAUGCAGUCGUGUCAACCUAAUACUGGGCUAUUCAAAUAGCUUGAAUUCAAAGUAAUGGCUGCUCCCCGGGCAGGAAUUCACAAUUGCCACAUUGGAAGGGAGGAUACUGUGUCGUUCCAAGGGGAAAUCAGGUCUGGAAAAGGCCUCUUGGCUGGAGAACCUCAUGUGUCCCAAAACAGCUCCAGAGCAGGCCAAAUCAAACACAACAGUGGAGUCCCACCCUGUGAAGUAAGCUGGCUUUGGGCUCAUCUGCAUGGCCUUUACUCUCCUGCCUUUCUGGGGGAUGACAAAAUGUCUCCAAAGCGAGUCUAAGGCCCGGAUCAGACUGUGGGCUGGAGGACUGGGGGGCACUGUCACACAUGUGUGAACUGUGUAAUGACGUAACUGAUGGUGGUGAUGACCUCAAGGUUUCCUCCCUGGCAUCGGAACCCUCACCAGGAGUCAAGCGUGAGACAAGUGUAAGCAGAGGCUUCAGUCGUGUGUUUUGAACGGCUUUGGUGAACAACCCUUCAGGAAGUCUCCGGUUUAAAGCAAACUUUGUAGUUUGUUCUAAGAAUGUCAGAUGAAUACUAUCUCCCCCUUCCAUUCAACCCCCAACAUCUCUCUCUCCCAACCUCACAUCCAUUUAUUCUUAUCCUUUAAUCCCUGAGUCUAAUUAGUGCUGCCUAUUGUGCGUUAACCCUUCCCUGUUUAAAAUGUAUCCAUCUGUCUGUCCGUCCGUCCAUCCAUCCACUCAUCUAUCUUUAUUGCACAAGAGGAAGGUGUGUGUAUGAAGAUCAGAGGACCACCUCAUGCAUUCACUUCUCCACUUCCACCGUUACACAGGUUCUAGGGAAGGAACUGAUCGAGCAGGCAAAGUAGCAAGUGCCUUUACCUGGUGAGCCUUCUCGCUGACCCCCACAGCUCUUUAGAUUUAUGCUGUCAUUACUUUACCAUUAAAUGUAGACAGUUACGAUUUCGCUGUUUGAGAUCUUGCUCUGUAGCCCAGGCUGGCCUCAUACAGCAUGGGUCUGUACUCCUGUUUCGGCUGCCUGAGUGCUGAGAGUACAGGCAUGUGCCAGCCACCAUACCUGACUUCUGGGGUCGCUAAAAAAGCAAAACAAAACCCCAGCUACUAAUCCGUAUGUUUCCAGAGACAAGCUAGGUCAGGUUUGCAUUGAACUGUUAGCUCCGCUGGAGCUGCAAAUUUAUUAUUUUAAACUAAGAUUAAUUAAUUAAUUAAACUCAGAAAAAGAGAAAGAAUUGCCCGUGGAAAAAACCUUUCCAUAGAAUCUACCUUAAGUGGGGCAGACUGAUGCUCACCUAAGGCCUGCCUGUUAGGACGCUUAGAGGAUAGUUAAGAGUCUCAGGUAAAACAGGUAUCUGAUGGGGAUCCCGGGUGCUCUAACAUGUUGGAGUGCCUGUAGUUUUAAAUGCUGUAGAUGAGUCUCUGCUACUCUCCCCAUUACGUGUUCACAUGGUUCCUUGCCUCCUUGCCCGUUCACCUGUUCAUCACAGCCACUGCGAGGCCGAGGCACAGGGAACGCGUAUGAAUUUUCUCCCUCCACAGCCAGGAUGGUGGAGACUGAAGGCUCCACAAUACUGCUACAAACAGCAGGGGCUAGAACCCGGGCUCUUGACCGGCAUUUGUCACUGACCUCACACUACCUCCAGUCAGGAUGGAUGGUUCACUUAGCAAAAGCAACAUAUAAACUGGGGGGAAGCCAAACUCCUGUUACUGCAUGGAAGUGUAGGCCAAACGGCAGCUUUUCUAGAACUUUCUGGGAAGAGCGAAGUCCGUGUGGAGAAAGCAUGAGUCACACAGCGCUUGAAUGAGCUGCUGAGGCUUUGCCGAGUUCCCUUGCCAGGUGGUCCUAAUACCUUUCUGCUUCCGGAACUGUCAGUGUUCCUUUGGGGAGUGGCGGUUUGUAUCCGAUGGUUUCUCUUCUUAUUCGCAUUUCUCUUGGGAUUUAAGUCUUGCUAAACGCAGGACGGACAUGGUGAAAUUAUUUACUGUGGUUUCCUUUGAGUGGGCUCGUUUCCGCUCCUAAGAAGGGCCUUAACAAAACAGGAAGCUUUUCUUGGAUCUAGAAAUGGAACCGUGCCUUCUGACAGUCAUUGUUUUACAGACUUCUGCAAAUCUGUUUCCCUACUUCCCAGCUGGAGGUUAGACAAAUAGAAAGAAGGGACAAGAUAGAAGUUGGCGAAGCUGAUUCCUAAAGUAGCAGGGUGAGGGCUGGUGAGUGUGACGGGCGGGUGGUGGUGGUGGGGGACACAACAGCAGCAGCACAGGCUAGACCACAUCUGACACUGGCUAGAGCAGAUGUAUGAGAUGUGAAAGGCCGGGGAAUGUGAAGGGCACUUGGUAGCCCCUCCUCUACGGUAGCCGUUCACAUGGGUAUGCUAGCUGGGGUGGGUCGGACUUUGAUACACUCUACACAUUAGUGCAGAUUCCAAGGGAUGAGGAGCUUUUUUUUUUUUUUUUUUUUUUUUUUGGUUCUUUUUUUCGGAGCUGGGGACCGAACCCAGGGCCUUGCACUUCCUAAGCAAUCGCUCUACUACUGAGCUAAAUCCCCAACCCCUAAUGAGGAGCUUUUUGUAUCCUGUUUUCAAUGCUGGUAAUUUUGUGGGUACCCAAGAGUACUUAAUGAAAUGUAAAAAGAAUUAAUUGACUUCCCCAAAUAUCUCUAAACAAGGGCAGGGGCUGGAAAGAUCAAAUGGACCUAUUUCCAACUACAGACAUUGCUUCCUAUACGUGGUCCUGCCACUCAGGAUACUCAAGGUGGUAAGGUCAAUUGAGCUCAGGACACAGAGAUCAGUGUGCUAGACUCUAUCUAAGCCAGCCUAUGCUACACAGCAGGCCACUGUUUCAAACAACACACACACACACACACACACACACACACACACACACACACACACUGUAACUAAUUUCCACUUUGCAGGUUUUUAGAGAAUUUACAAGCACAUACCAUACCUAUAACCCAGGGCUCAGUAGGUAGGGUAGGGUUGCCACACAUUCAAGGUCAGCUUUGGCGACAGCAGGCUGCAAAGGUCUUUCUUUCUGUGCCUGAGGCCCUAGGUUUGACUUCAGUACUGAAAAUUGCUUCUUUGCUCAAGGUGAGGCUGAGGUAGAAUCCAAAAUCCAAAUCCCCCAGUUUCUGCUUUCAGCUAUAAGACAGGUUAAAAGUCCUAGCCUUAUUCCAGGCUAUCACAACAGUAUCAGCCACUCACCACAGCCAUGUAAAGGAAAUCACCAUGAAGAGAUGCUGUUACAGAGGUCUGUGUUUAUGUUAGGCAAGGCAUGGAAAUUCUAACUUCAUUCUCACUGGGUGAUAAGAGCUUCACAACCUGCUGGGCAGUGAAGGCUUCCCCUUUCCUCCCAGCACUCAGGAGGCAGAGGCAGGCAGAUCUGAGCUGGAGGCCAGCCUGGUCUUCAGAGCAAGUUCUAGGACAGCCAGGGCUACACAGAGAACUCCCCCACAAACACACACAGAAACACAAAGCUUCAUAAUUCUUUGAAGAUUUUUUCAUUUUUAUCCAUGUGUGUACAACACACAUGUAUGCAGGUGCCCAAAGGGGCCAGAUGAGGGUGUGGGGUUCCCUGAGACUGGACCUACAGGAAGUUAGGACCCAUCUGAUGUCAGGGCUGGGAACCAAGCUAAGGUCCUCUGCAAGAGCAGCCCUCAAGCACCUCGGGACAAUAAUUAUUAAGCUAUCUAAAAUCAAGAGAAAGGAAGAGGACUUCCAGUGUUCAACACUUCUCUUUAUGCAAGAAACACAAUGGGCUUCUAAGUCAGCACUUUGAAUCAUUAAUUAGGCCUGUCUGAAAUGGCAAACCUGAGAACUGUGGCUCUUUUCCAAGGAACUGUAUCCUUGUCUUGUUUUUUCUUGGGCCUGGGUCUUCUGUGUUACCCAGGUCGGUCUCAACAAGCCAUCUCAUAGCCUCCACCUCACAAGCAGUCGGAACUGCAAAGGGGCAUCACCAUUCUUAGCUCCUUUAGGUGGGCACAUGCAAUUUCUCUACUCCUUUGUAGCUAGCUAUGGCCAGGAGGGAGUGGAAGAUACAAUGGAGUACACAGUCUGACAGAGGAGGAAUGUCUCCAUCCUCUCUGUUACAAUGUAGAGGCAGGGCUGAACCAACUUGGACUGCAAAAUAGAAGCCCUGUGUUGAACAAGCGAUGGUGUCUCUGCCAUUGCCUCACUGCCUCUAUGUUGUGCCAUUGGCCUCAACACAUAUCUGAGGUAAUAACAGGUAUAAACAUUUAACAGAACAGUGCUCUGACCUCCUGUGCUUCUUCAGAAUGUAUAGUUCAGUUAAUCAAGCUUUCUUUUUAUGAUAGGCACAAGAACCUGUUCUACUUCAGUAAUGGAGUGUCUCCUGAGUCCACAUUAUGUGAUGUGACGGGGAAGGGAAGGACACAGGAGACUGUAUUUCGUUUUCAGUUCAUAUGCGCCUGGCCACACAGUUUCCAGUUUUUCCUGACUGUAAACCACAACCUCCUCCUCCAGACACAAUGCACAAUCCAUGUACCUGGAGCAAAAUGGUUUAUGUAGGAAGGCUGCCCAAGGUGAGUCUUCUGGCUGCCUGGCCUCUUAGGUAAUGUGGAGAACUGAAGCUACAUGUACCUAUGAUAACUGAAAUGAAUUUGGUGGUUGUACUGCACAAAGACAAAACAAACUAUGGAGCAGCAACGUUUUAAAGCUAUCUUGAAAUACUUAGUCCAGCUUUCGUGGGUCAGGACUGUAGCGCACAGCUUACCCAGGUGCCUGUAACUCAGGGCCACUCAGCAGGCUGUGGUCAAAGUGCUGAAUCAUUUCUCACCUAAGUGGCUAUUAGAAGACCAGGUCCUCCAUCCAGCAGUGACUUAACAGAAAUCUUCAAUUUGGGGGCUGAGUCUCAGGAGUACAAAAUAUAUUUGCUUUCCUAGUUGAGGUGGCUCACUGGCCAGAGAGUUGUAGGUGAGACAUUUUUGGAUCUCAAAGAGCCUCCUUUAUAAUCUUCAGCCACAGUGUCAUAAAUUAAAGAUGGGUUGAUCUCAAGCUCUUCCAUUAGCAGCUACAGUUUAUUUAAGGAUGUUUCCCAAUUUCACUGCUAUUAAAAAUUGAAUGCCAAAUACAGCUCAUGGCUUUGAGAAUUGCCCCAGAACCUCUAGCUAAGGCAUUCUUUGAUCCUAGGGAGAAGUACUUGCUAUUGUUUCAUUUCCUCUAGUUUUCAAAGGAGAAAUAUGAACGUUGGCAAGGCACCAGGAUUUAAAGCUCUGCACAAAGCCAAAGUUAGAUGUUUCUGGACCUGAGUUGGUCCAGAGGCUGGAAAAGCCAUUGGAUAGCAUUCCAGCCCAGUCAGCAUCUUCAAUGGGUAGCUUUGUUAUUUGCUGUAAACAGUUGUAAAUUUCCAGAACCACAGGCACACCCAUAUUAAAAUGUUAAUUACCAAAGUGUCUCCUUACCCCAAGUGCAAACGAACAGUGAAUUAAAGGUCUCCUGGGAUUCCGUCUCUGGACUUCCUCCACCAGCACGCAUAACUGAACGCUCUGAAGAUCUGACUUUUUAAAAAAGACAGUCAUCUCAAAGCUGAGCCCAUCCAUCGUUCCCUGAAACUUCUAGAGUGUGGAGAUAAAACCAAUGGUCUGAUCCUGUGCUGUAUGUUAUGAGAAUACCAAACCUAGUCUGCUGAAGGAGAAAUGAACUUAAAAAAAAAAACAGGGGCUGGGGAUUUAGCUCAGUGGUAGAGCGCUUACCUUGGAAGCGCAAGGCCCUGGGUUCGGUCCCCAGCUCCGAAAAAAAGAACCAAAAAAAAAAAAAAACCAAAACAAACAAACAAAAACCCCGAGCCUUCCUUGGACACCAAGUUUUGAGGUUCUGGUUCUUUUUUUUUUUUUUUUUUUUUUUUUUUUUUUUCGGAGCUGGGGACCGAAGGUUUUGAGGUUCUGGAGAUGGGAAACUAGUUCCUGUUUACUCUUUCUAAAAGUUCCAGAAACCCUAGUGCCCGGCCAAAACAGCAGACCGUAACAGCCCACAGAAGUCUUACUGGGUUGUGAAAGAGACUCAUUUGUCCUCAGACUGUGGUCCCUCCACCCAGAGUCGUCCACCUCCAUGCCAGUGUCUGCGGCUUUGACUGCUAACUAACCAUUCACCCACAGAGACUCUAACAUUGCUGGGAUCCUUCAAAGAGGCCAAGGUGUAAGUAAAUAAAGCAGGAGGAAACUUUUAAGGACAACAGUGUUAGGAGUUGAGGGUUGAAUGUCAGAGAGAAAAGGCAAUUAAAAGAAAUUUCGUGCUUGGCCUAAGCUGAAAGGGAGCAUGGGUAUGGAGUGUGUGUGUGUGUGUGUGUGUGUGUGUGUGUGUGUGUGUGUAAAGUGUAUGUGUAUAAAAUGUGUGUGUAAAGUGUGUAUAUGUGUAAAGUGUGUGCGUAUGUAAAGUGUGUGUGUGUGUGUGUCCCGCUGUUGGAACAACGGCAGAAUUAGCCCAAGACAGUUCAUUACCCAAAACACUGUAACCAGGAUGGCUGGCGUGUAAACCCUGCUCCUGCUUUGUGUAGCUUUCUUUUAUAAGCUUGCACAGGCAGACUGAAGCUUUCCCAGCUGUAAGGCUUGGGAUUUGCUGCCUCUCCCCUGGGGGAUAAGUAACAGCAGCUGCCUUCUUGCUUUCCCCAGCUUAGAGGAUCAACUGAUGACACACACAAAAGACUCCCGAGCAGAGAAAAUGUCAGAGCGCCUGUGCCAGCCUUCCAAAAUGGUGAGGUGUGGCAAAACUACGAGCCAUAAUUACUAUUACAGCAGGGUCAGAGAAGUGGGCUUUCUUGGAAAGCAAGAAACUUAAAAAAAAAAAAAAAAAAAACCCUCUGGGCUUAGUGCCUCAAGGAAGCUCCCAGAGUGUCCCUUCUCAGACUCUCAGAAGCUGCUCUCACGAAGCUUGCACUGCAGUGUUUCUGACAGCUGUGUCCACAGAGACAGCUUUAGGCUAGAAGUCUGACUGCCCCGAAGAGAGCCACUAGGCGUUUCAUGUGGAAAAUGGGACCAUACUUUGCAUCUUACUGAUCAGAGCUGUGGAAAUUGAGUCAUGAGUGUUUAGUAGAAUGUCCUAACAUUAACUGGGGCUCAGUUAAAGAUUAACCAAUUCACAGGAAAACAAAUUCGGGCUAUCACUAAGAAAACAGAAGGGAAUUUGAGACAACAGUUACAUGUCUGACACAUGGCACACAGGCACAAUGGGCCCAGGGACCCCUGGCUUGGUCCAAGACUCCGGGUACUCACAAGUCAUAAUCACCUAAUGAUUUCCUGAAGUGCAUGGGUUCCUGGGGUGUGGGGACCAGGAGGUAGAGGUGUAAGUCAAGUCCCUCAACUACCAAUGUAAGCUAAGAACUACACGCAUGGUAUCUUUGGGGCUAUUUCACGUACCUGCCUCCAUUUAUGUAUUUUCCACCAUUCUUGGUCUCCUGUUUUCUAAAAUCCACCAAACGGUCAAUUUAAACACUGAAAGGUCAAACUUUGAUGUUGAGCAUGUGCAAUUUUAAGUGCUGUGACAGAUUCAAAUAGAACCGACAUGCUCCCAGACUACAGAAGCGGUAGGAAUUAUCUCAGUCAGAACCAGCUUGUGGCAUGGCUCUGCAGGUAAAGGCCUUGCAAGCCUGGUGACCUGAGUGUGAACCCUGGCAUUCACAUAGAAGACAGAGAGAACAGAUUCCAAAGUGUCCUCUGUCCCUCCCCCAACUUGGUAAAGAUGGUCCUAGAAAAUGAGUUAUACCCAGGAAUUAUUCUUACCAUGAACACUGCUGCUCUUCUCCUGACUUUUUUUCCCCCUUUUUUCUUUUUUUCGGAGCUGGGGACCGAACCCAGGGCCUUGCGCUUGCCUUAGCAAGUGCUCUACCACUGAGCUAAAUCCCCAGCCCCUUCUCAGACUCUUUAUCUUCAGCCACUUAACAUUAUCUAUAUGAGGCCUCAAUUAUGUUAAUACCCACAAGACCUUAGAUUUGAUCCUUAGUGUAGUGAACUGGGCUCCUACUGUGUCAGGCAUCCACGUGAUAGCUCCUUUAGUUUUAGACAAUCCCAACCUGGCACUUACAUCAUUUUGCAUUAGGAAACUGAAACCUAGAAAUACUGAGGAGCUUAGCGCAAGGUCACAGCCCAGUUCAUCUCUUGGUCAAGGGCAAAACUACUGUAGCAGAAAGGGAUCUCUCUGGAUGUCAUGGAAAGUAAAAUGAAUUACACCAUGGUGGUGAACAAUUUACAUCUCUUCAGCUAAAGAGAAACUAUGCCUAUGUAAAAUAACCACUAGAGGGCGCUACACACAAACUUCGACAAGUGUUUUGCUAAUGCCAAGUCCCACACUGGUACAAGAUAUAUAAUCAGCUACGGCUUCAAGCCAAAAAGGCUCUUCUCAAAAGAAGCACGAUGCAUUUUAUGAUAAUUAAGAUGUUGUGUUCUUAUUCCUCCAACUAGGAAAGAGAAGAAAAACAACAACAAAAACCUUCAAGUCCCCCAAAGCCCGAUGCUGUAUGCCGGGCAAUCAAUAAUCUGUCUUCUACGCGACAGUGUCUGCUGGUCAAGGUGCCUUGCACUUAGGUGUUUUCUUUGCUCUGCAGCAUAGCUAGACAGUUAAGAUCUCACCGUGGUCUCCGUACUCAAGGUGCGGUGCUGGGGAAUACACAUACUUUACUACUGAGCCCUAAGAACAAAUCCUAAGAACUAAAUAGAGACACAUUUCAUCUUUUAUAUUUUAUUUUAGACAAGUAAAACACAUACAAUUUUUUAAAACAGAAGCAAACAUGCAUAUCUAAUUGAAUUCUAGAGAAAACAUCUCUACCCAGAAUGCCUGCUUUCUGAAUAUUUUUAUUCUUUGACUUAUUGAGUGCCACCUUUCCUUUCCAACAAACAGAAUACUCCUUUUAUGUAAGCAACCAGAUUUACAAAGUACAUGUUAUUCUUCUCCACUGCCACACAACAUUCUCACCGAACAUUAAGGUCAAAAAUCGACAGGCCAUGCAAUUCAGCACCCUAACAGCUGCAGGGCAUCAACACGGUAGUGAGUGCACACAAAUACAUACACUGGUACUUUUUUUUAGAGCAAAAACAGGAUUAUCUUGUGAAUGUUACUUCAAUGGCCUGCGACAGCCAUCUUUCCACGUCAUUAUUUUUAAAUGUCUGUCCUUGUACUGCUGCUAGCCCAGUGCCCCCGAGCCACAUUUCCCUCUCUCCUGUUUCAUUUCGUUUUGUAUUUUUACUGUUAACAUGGCUUACAUAAAUAGCACAUCUUAAGUCUGUACUAGAUGGACUCUUACAUUAUGUGCAGACACCAAGUGGCUUCGUCCCCAUCAAUAAGGCUUUAAACAAGGGUUAAAAAUCUACUAAUCCCGAUCACAGACUGCAUUUACAUUUUACAGCUCAUAUAUACAUUUCCACUAAACGUUCUAAUGUACAAAGAACUUCUGGUUCAAUUGGUGUGAGGAUCUGCCAGUGUUACUCCACUGUGUGAAUUGUGGUUGUUGACUGUACUGCUCAGUCGUUAUGGGCAACCGAGAACCAGCCUGAAGGGACCAGGGUUUGGUGUCCUGCAGAUUUGCAGAAAGCAAGUGUAAACAAAUCAAACACAAGGCUGAAAUAAAGACGCUCCAGCUGUUCCCCAAUAUAUAUCAACUCAGUGGAUUGGGGUACAUCAUGUUUGGGGUUAUUUUUGGUUGAAGACAAUAAUCUACUGUUUAAAUCGUCAGCAUUGCCUCAUAAGUUACCACAAACCCAGGCGGCUGCGACAUUAGUGCACCUAAAAAGGCAAAAGCAACAACAACAAAACCCCAAACCACUUUGCUCUUGCUUUUGUCCCCUAAUCUACACCUACUUCUAAACCAGCCAGUCAGACAAUGAAGCAACAUCCUAAACAUACAAGGGCACAUAUGUGAAAACCUCUAACACCUAAAACCUACAAUGUGCCUAAACUCGGUCUUUGUUUUUUCCUGUAAACUAAAAUCAUGGUAGAGCUACCGAACUUGGACCUUACAGUAUAUUUAUUCACUAUGGACCUGCAAAAAAGGUCACGUAAAAAAAUAAAUAAAUAAAAAAGCAUCCCUUAGAAACCAAAAGCCAGUAAAGUCUACUUUGGGUGGGUCCGCUAUACUGAAGAACUGUCAAAACACAUGCUGAUGUGCUACAGCAUGUCUCUCCGUACCUUUCCUCCUCAUUUUUAGGUGGUGAUACCCAGCAACGCAUUACUCCCCCCACCCCCGUCCCUCCUUUAUUCUGUUAGUUACUAGUGUAUAUCUGGUAUGUUCGGACUCUGCAUGCAUUAUAUCAUUUAAUCCAUCAAUCUAAUUUAAGUGAGAAAAGACUGGGCUAAAGAGAUUAAAUUAUCUUUCAAUCAUUCACGAAGGCAAUCAAGUAACAGGCCAGACCCACAAUUGGGCCACAGCUUCUACCUCCCCAAACUAAGCAUCAUGAAACUAACCAGGCUUCAUGUAAUUCUGUAACCCAAGUCCUCAAAAGGAUUGGGCCAAAUGCAAGACCGCUUCAAAAAACAAAAAGUCAUUUCCACUGGGCGCAGACUAACCACCAUCAGCAUUUCCGGAAGAUGGCGACUGCACCUAGCUCGAAAUGUAAGCGGAAAGCUCAGAAGACCGAGGAAAGCCGGAAGCUGCACUGCAGUCCUUUACAGCGAGGAUUAAACAGAGAAGGAAUAAGCUCCGGGGGCUGCAGCCUGCUCCGCUCCGCGAAGAAACCAGGGAAACGCCGCUCGGCUCACCGCGCCAUGCACCGCAACAGCCCGCAGGCGCGGCUCCCGCAGCCGCUCUCCGGGCCGGAAGGGCAGCUGCUGUGACGCAGUCAGCGCCGGGGAAACGCCCUGCUCCAGGGUACAAGGGCUCAGUGAUUGUGGGACUCAAGGCUUGAGGUCUAGAGCACAAGCCCACGCAAUGCUCCGCCAAGAGUUUUUCCUCGGGUGUAAAAUGGUUGGCAGCCACAACCGGGAAGCUUGGUUUUAUCCAUGGUUAGGACACGCCGGCUAUAGAUAGGUAUUAUAAAAUUAUAUAGGUAAAAGUGCUAUUGCUACAAAAGGUCAAAACUAAGCUACUGAACCUCUCACUUGUCAAUCAAACCGUGUUCAAGAGAAUGGCUCCUCAUCACUUCUUACUAAAGCAAAAUCCUUUCCUGCAGCUUUUCCCUCUGGUCACUUUUACUGGACUAGUUUCUAAUGUCAGUUGAGGGAAGGGGUCACUCCAUUGAAAGCUACAAGAACACUAAAAGCUAGAAUAGCUGCGCGUGGUAGUGCAUGCCUGUAAUCUCAGCUAGAGACAGAAGAAAUAGGUGUUGAAGGUUAUCUUUGACAAAAACUGACUUAUGAACCAAGCCUCGCCUUAAAAAAAUAAAAUCGCUUCGUCCCACCAGGGCACUAUUAAGUCUACGCUUCCUUAUUUGUCCGCCUUCUCUUAAGAGUCUCAACACCUUGCAAAGGAUUUCUAGGCAGGAGUGUCCUGGGAGAAUUUAACAGGAUAUGUGCACUAUGCUAUGUGCAUUAACAGCAUUCCGAGAAGGGAGCCACCUUUCAGAAGCACUAAAGAUGGAUUUCUGGUUAGGAACUCCUGCGGUGCUGAGUACUGCGGCAAGCCUGUAACCCUAGAGGAAGUGUUGAGUUGGUGGUCUCAGUCUGAGUCACCUGAGACCUUGUUUAAACUCUUGCCCACCCUUGUCUUCGAAGAUCAACCGCAUUUAGGUCAUUUACGUUCACUUUCUGUGGACCAUGGACUCAAUCUUAUUAGAAAAGCAUAAACUAUGUAAGAGCUAAGUCUCCAACUCCUUCCUUCCUGAAAGCCAGGGCCGCAGUGAUUUCCCACCAUGCCAACAUUUUCUAUUGGGACUGUUUUUCAAUUAUGGCUGGCUGCACAGAAUGCUACCCUAACUUUUGCUGGGGAUUGAAUCCAGUGCUUUACCAGCACUAUGCCUCAGCCCAACCCCUGCCCCUUCCUCAGUACUCAGAAUCAAAUUCAUGCUGGGACUGAUGAAGAAUGCAUUUAAACCCCUCACUCAAGGCAGAUGAUUUCCUAUGUUCGAGGCCAGUCUGGUCUACCAGCCAGUGAGAACUUGUCCCCCGAACAAGCCAAACCCAGACCUGAAACAAGUACUCUACCAACAAGCUAUAACCAAAGCCCUAUACACUCUAACUGACCACUUACCCAGCACAUCUGGUAAUACUGAACGAAAUCACUUAGAUAGGCACUUUCUCUUCAGAAGUGUCAGUCUCUGACUUACAAUGAGUUUACUUUAAAGCGUGCAGUUUUUCCACUCAGAGGUACAUAGGAAGGAGACAAUUAAACCUCAACUGUGAUGUGGUUGUAUGUGUUGCAGCAGCUCAGAUCAGUAAUGUCCACUACACAGGUCUCUAAAAGCCAGUGGCUGUUCAAAGAUGCUCUGUAUCAGUGUGUAUCAUGCUCUGCACUAUUGUAAUUGUGGUGUUUUCAUAGGAAAAUCUGUACUGCAAAUGCUUUAAGACACUAAAGCUCUGAAACAAUAUACUCCCAAAUCUAUUAAAUUCUCUACCACCAAUUCAUGAUUAAAGCUUUUUUUUGAGACACAGUCUCAAUAUGGCUCUAGCUGUUUUGGAACUGAGUAGACCAGGCUGGUUUUCAAACUCAGAGACCUGCCAGCCUCUGCCUCCCAAAUCCCACGGUUGAAGGCAUGGGUCACUACGACCAGCUUAAAAUUCAAAAUUUAGUUUGGAUAAUACUGACUUGAGGGCUAGGUUGAGGUAACUUGCUAAAAUCAGGAGGAAAGAAGGCAGGCAGGCAGGCAGACAUUUCAGGAUAAAUGACUGGAAUAAAGUGUGUGUCUGUCAGUAAAACUAGCUGGCUACAUCUAGUGGGAUGAUCUGCAAAUGUAACACUGAUCCUUUCAUGCAGCAGUGUCCCUCUCUGACACCUAUGAAGCCUGAACUCACAUGGUGGGACAUCACAUUUGCUGCUUCCGCAUGCAUACAUUUGCUAAAUUUGUAUGCUGCUCUCAACUGGUAAAAUGUUCUCCCUAAGGAAGGCUUUUUACUCAACCUUUCCUCCUUCCUCUCUCACACAGCACCUGUACAGAGGUAACAGACUGCGUGGAGAGGGUGUACUUAUUUCCCAGGUCUCUGAAAAAGCAAGCACUUUUAACCACUAAGCCAGUCUCCAGGCCCAUUUCUACAACUUAAACAAUUGGCUCCUUUUGUGAAACAACCAGUAAAAGUAAAAUGAAAAACCAACACAUUGUUCUGACUCCCUUUGGAGGACCGCAAUCAGACAGAAAGCCUUUGUCAGCGUCACCCCUAACUUUUCUUCCUAUGUUAGUCCUGGCUGACCUGGGAUUCACUAUGUAGACCACGUGGGCCUUGAACUUGGGAGAUCUACUUGUCUGUCUCCAGAGUGCUGGGAUUAAUAUGGCCCGUACUACCAGGCCUGGCUGAUAGAGUCUUUGUUUAUAAAACUUCCAUCAUUGUCAAAGAACUGUGCAAGGAGAGACAAUGCUUGUGGAAUAUGCACUUAUGAUCAAGUUUUAAGUUUAAUAUAGAUGGCUUUUGCUAAUUACUUUAUAAAAUGCUUAUGUCACAGGGCCCACCAUGUUAUAGGAAAUCUUUACCGUGCUUAACUCUAUUAGUAGCCUGUCAGGUAACGAAGUAUUUAUGGUGAUUAAUAAUUCUAGAACAUUAACUUUGUAGUCUUAUUUUUAAAGGUCAAAUCUUCUUAGCGAGAAAGUAAACUGUUUUAUAUAAAUGUCAGUUACCUAAUUUACUAAGCCCAUUUUAAUUUCCAUUUUUUCUAAAAAAAAAAAAAAGGAUAUUGGUAAUAACCCCAGGAAAUGUUGUACCACCCACUGUCUAGGUAUGAGUUUAAACUAGACAUGCUAAAGUUAACAUGUCUGUAUUAUUCUCUAGUCACUACGAUGGCAUGUCUUUUCUUUACCCUUCCUCCUCUCUGUCAGCAAGAUAUGGGUAUAAAGCCCCAUAUUGAUAAUAUAGUUUAGACUUACUGGGUGGCUUGGGCUUGUUUUCAGAGACAAUCUCACGUAGCUGAAGUUGGCCUUGAACUCCUGGUCCUCCUGCCUGCACUCAGGUACUGGUUACCCCACUUAACCUGAUAAAACCUACUUUUGUGCAUUGCUAAGAACUGAACCCAGGGUACCACACAAGAUAGGCAAUUGUUUUAUCACUGAGCAAACAACAACCUUUUUUUUUUAAAAGAUUUAUUUAUUUAAUUUAUGUAUACAAGUACACUGUAGCUAUCUUCAGACACACCAGAUCCCAUAGAUGGUUGUAAGCCACCAUGUGGUUGCUGGGAAUUGAACUCAGGACCUCUGGAAGAGCAGUCGGUGCUCUUAACCACUGAGCCAUCUCUCCAGCCCGCAAACAACAACCUUAAUGAUGACAUGUUGCAUCUAAUGGCUGGGACAUUAUAUGUAUUAUAUACUCAUUUUCUCCAUACUAACAGAUCCCUUGGCAGGGUUAGCAGGGGAUUUGACUCAUGGACAGUUUUUAGUUGUAGAAAUCUUAAGUCCAAAUAAUUUAAUCAUUUAUUUAAAAAAAAAUUCACCCUCUUUUUCCUUAUAGGGCUACAUGGGAAAUAUUUUAUAGAUUGGAGGCCAGUCUCAGAUAUAUUUAUCAUCCCACCCCUGCUUUUAAAAAAAAAAAAAAAUUAACUCGUAGUGUGCUUACUGUAGUUUUCUUAUUAUAUUCCACUCCCUCAGAGAAGCCAAGCUCAUGCACACAUGAAUGACUACUGGACUUUAGUAGUAAUUGAACUUGGUCUUCACCACAAAGCUUUCUGGCAUCUUAAACUUCUCUGCACUCUUUUGAAUAGCCAAUUGCUAUAAGUACUAAAACAUGCUCGCACUGUGACCUAGGAGAAGAGGAACUCAGUGGUUAUAAGGCAAAAACAAAUUCCAAACAAAAGAAAAACCAAAAUACUUUAUUGCAACAAGAACAAAAGAAUCACAUGCGUGACAAAAGCAUCCAUAUAACAUUAUAUUCCAAAUAAAACAUCUAAAGCUUGGCAUUAUAAUUCCAGCAGCUAAUAUAAGUCACUAUUUAAGAAACAUUCCCAAAGAAUUAAAAGUCAACACAAAAAAGGUUAUCAUUAAGUUUUCCAAACACCUUUAAUUUAAUUGGUUUUCUAUAAAGUACACAUGAAAGGAGUCACAAAUCUAAAACUCCAAGGAUCAGUUGCUACCCGGCUCAUCCCUUUCUCAGUUUGUUUAUGUUGAGGGACACAAUCAAUCUAGGGGAGUCUUUAAAUUCAAUCGAGGGGCCUAGAGAGAAAGAAGCAGCUGAUCAAAAUAACUGUUAUAGUAUAAAGAUGCUAUUUAAAUAAAAGAGAGGAAUUGGCUAUACAUCUUAAGAGGGCUUCAGGUUAAUCUUAAACUCUGUGCCUCCCACUAGCAUUUACUAAGCUUAUGUUGAAUGUAGCAAGACUAACAUUUGUGAUCAUCUGCAGAUACAUCUUUCUUAAGAUACAAACAUUUGAGAUAAAGUAUCUUUAAUUAGUGUGUGUGGGGAGCAGUCAGAGCACAACUGUGGGAGGGAGUAAGUCCUAUCCUGUGGCUCCUCAGGAUGAAGUACCUUUCUACCUGUGCACUGUCCGGAGGAGCUUUAACAAGGUGUUUUCUUCAGCUUAUGUAAUCGCCGGUCCUACCAACAGUGAUACCUUACAUGAGUCUCUAAGGACAACAGAAACAUCAAACAAACCACAAAGAAGCAGGACAUGGUGACUCAUGCCAGUAAUCCCAGCAUCUAUAAGGCAGAGGAAAGAAGAUCAUGAGUUUAAGGCUGGCCUGGACUACAUGAGACCCUGUCUUGAAAAAAAAAAAAAAUCAAAUACCUCAAAACACAGUAAUUCUAUUACCUUUAAUCAAUUUUCUGCCCCUGGUGUUUAUAUAUAGUACAUUAAUUUAUUUACAGGUACUUAAAAGUUAGCCUCCACUGCUUCUUUGAAGGUGAAUGAUUAUGUAGUGUCCUUAAGUAUUAAAGCCCACACUUCACUCACCCCUUCAAGUCAUGAAUUAGCCUGAAGGAUUUAACAGUCCUUUCAAAAUUUCUCUUUGUAACCCACAAUUUUUUUAUCUAUACAUGUUUAAAUACCAUUAAAUUCUUCUGCCUUUCAAGUUAAAAAAUUCCAUAGCUAUGUGAAGUAUGGUGGGAAUAGUUUGAGGGUAGCCUGGCCUACACAGUGAGUUCCAAGCCAGACAAGGCCUCCACAUAGUGAUACCCUGUCUCAAAAACAAAAACAAAGGGCUGGAGAGAGCACACUGCUCUCCCAGAAGAUAGUUGUAAGGCUUGAUUCCCAGUACCCACAACAGGUGGCUCAUACAACCUUUUAACUCCAAGUCCAGGGGAUCCAAUACCUUUUGCUUCCCUGGGCACCCGCACUCACAAGCACAUAACACCCCUCAUACACAUGUGAUUCCUAUUGUCCCUACCUACAGAGACAAUACAGUCCUUUGAAGGACUUCAUAAGGUCCUGGGUAAUGCUAUGCAUGCGUGCAUACAUGUAUGUAUAUGAGAUCCUUGGGCAUGGUGGCAUGUGCCCGUGAUCUCUUCUGUCUCCUGAAUACUGGCAAUAAAGUGUGCACCACCACAGCCGGCUCCCAUGAUACUUUUUAAAGAUUUUAUUAUCUCAUGUGUAUGAGUGUUUCACCUGUAUGUCUGAAGGUAAGAUGCCUGAGACUGGAGUUAAAGAUGGUUAUAAAUUACCAUGUGGGUGCCGUGAAAUAAACCCAGGUCUUCUGCAAAGUGCUACUAACCAGUAAGCUAUCUUCCUGCCCUCUUAGAUGCUAUUACUGAAAAUUUCUACACAUUCCUAGAGCUAAUCCUACUUUUUAUAUUAAAUGUCAGGACUCCUGGAAGUUGGGGGUGCAACCUAACUUUUCCUAUUAACAGUCAAUGUGAAUGCGUGACUGUGCUGGAGAACUAACAUUCCAGUGUUGGGGAGUAUACUAUCAGAGUCAGCAUCAAAGGUAACUUGAAUAUUUUUAGGUUGGAAAAGUUAAACACACUAAUACUCCCCAAAAAGAAAUGGAAAAGGAUGUGUCUCUGCAUAGUAUACCAUGCACCUUUGGAAGCUAGAGGUUGACAGGCGUCUUUCUCACUCUUCGCCUUAUGUAUUGAGACAAGAGUUCCUUGAAUGUAGAGUUCAACGACGGCUGGCCGGCCAGUGGGCUCUUAGCUCCUGUUCCUAUCUUCUAGGGUUAGAAUGCAGGCACACACUAUUAUGCCUAGCUUUUUAGGUGGGCACUGGGCUGUGAAUUCAUGUUUUUUAGUACUUUCUACCUAGUGUGCCAGCUCCUCAGCCCCUACCCAGGCAUUUCAAUACAACACUUAACCCCAUUUAUAUGUCCUACUUGACACACAGUCUGGAGUUACCUUAACUGAGGGACUGCUCGGACACACUGGCCCUGGCCAUGUCUGCAGAGGAUCACUUGGUUACUCUGUACAGGAGGAUCCUGUACAUUCCCUGGGCAGGGCGGCCCUUCAGUGUGUGAAAGCUGGUUAAGCACGGGCCUCAAAGAAUCAGCAGGCAUCAUCACUCCUCCAUUGUUUCUGCUUCAAGUCCAGACUUCCCUCAAUGGCGGUGUGUGACUGCUAAUUGUAAGCUGAAACAAACCCUAUUCCCUCCCCACCCCCAAGUUGCUGUUGGCUACUGUUUUAUUAUCAACAAAAGGCAAUCUAGAACAUAGUGUCUACAUAGAAAAGACUCUAUGAAGAGGAUUUAACCAUGUAUUUUUUUACACAUACAAAGGAUCCAAGGAAAAACAAGACCUAAGCCUAAGAGUAUGAAGUGAAAGGGUCUUGAAUUUGGAAGGAACAAAUCAAACUUGUUAAGAAAUUAUCAGGGUACUAACUACUACUACUAAGACAAUUGUAUAACUCAACAAAGUCUGUAUAUUAUGAUUAUUAAGUACCCUGGUUCUUUUUUUUUGAUUCUUUUUUUUUUUUUCGGAGCUGGGGACCGAACCCAGGGCCUUGCGCUUCCUAGGUAAGCGCUCUACCACUGAGCUAAAUCCCCAGCCCCAAGUACCCUGGUUCUUAUAUAAGCAACUUUCCCCCAAGCAGCUUAAAGCUUUCUAAUCUACAAUACCUUCCUUGAUUAGUAUCAACUAUCAAAAAUAAACGAGACCAAUUCUUCCUUAGUUGCCACAAAGUUCACAAAGUAUGCCCUUGCAAUAUCAAAACUAUCUAAAAACAAACAAGGAAGAGGGCUGGAGGGACAUGAUAAUGUGGAGGGUUAUGAUGCCAGCAAUGAGAACUUCACUCAAUCAAAACUUUCCCUAUUUGCUCUAAAGAAGACACCAGGGCAGGUGGAAUUUAAGUGCCAAACCUCAUGUUUGUGUAGCUGAGACUGGUACCUGAUGAUCCUCUGUCUUAGCUCCUAAGUGGUGAGAAUGUACAUUACACAGCAUUCUAGGCUUAGGUUUUACUUUGAAUCCCCCUCAUGUACACCUAUCAAGACAACUGUACUAGCAAAUUAAAUGCUUUCCUUUAAAAAAAAAAAACCAAACUUUAAUUUCUUUUAGUCCUGAAUAAAAGAUUCGGAAUGAAAGCUAUAACCCAAUACAUAGACUGUCCCGUUUUCUAUUUGGAUGAGAACAUUUUUUGAAGUCCAGGCAUAGCUUUUCACUCAUUACUCAAGACUGACGUUCUAGAGAGCCAUUUUCCUAUUGAAACUAUGUAAAAGAAGAACAGUUUCUACUGUGUCACAAUUGAGAUUCCCUAUAGUGAGGUGGAACUGGAGACUGGUGGUAGCGCACUUGCACUCAGAUGUUCUUGGAGAUGAGCCCCAGCAGGGAAAGACCAAAAGGCACUUCAAUUCUUUUCACUCUCGUUUGCUUUUAAGACGGCCAAAGUGGGUACAGAGCCAUAACUAAGAACACCUACUGGACAGUAUGAUCUAUGUAUGCAGAGACACUUAACAUGGUUUCAUACAACUCGGAUUAAUGAUGUUUGAUGCUGGUUUCUGAAGUGAUUAUAAAUUUGUUAUAGAAUGAAAAACAAAACAAAAACUCCAACAAACUAAUUUGAUAUUUCAAGUUUUUCUCAUCUGAUGAGCUCUACCCUAACCACAGCCCUAGUAAUAAAGGCUAACCUUGAAGAACAGGUUCUUUCGUGACUUAAAAACAAAAAGCAUGUCAGAAAUACAGCAGGAGCUUGACAUUUGACUAUGUGUAGUAUAUAUAAUACAUACAUAUAUUAUAUAGGGGUAGAGUCCAUAAAGAAAGCACUUUUCUGACCUAGCACCUAAGACUUCAAAUUGUGCCUGGUGCCUGGAGAGGUCAAAAGGUACCCAAUCCACGGGAACUAGUCUUACAGAAGGUUGUGACCCACAAGGGGGUACACAGAAUUGAAUCUAGGUCAUCUGCAAGAGCAGUAAGUGUUCUUUAACCACUGAGCUAUCUCUCCCCAGUUUUCUUCCUACUAUCUUAAGGGCAUUACGAGUCAGUUCAUUGAAGUAAACUCUUUUCUGUUCUGAGCUCCAAGUCUUCAGACUGAUGUUUAAACUCAGUGGUGAAGCACUUGCCCACUAUUUGUGAAAAAUAGUUCUGAACCUCAGCACUGCAAGAGGAAAAAAAAAAACAUCCUAACUGCAUAAAGAGGGGAUAAUAAACUGUGAGAUCAGGAAGGCAGCCAUUGAAAUCCUUAUCUGCCAGCUCGGGUAAGUAGACCAUAGACUAUAUGCAGAAACAGGUCCCAGAUCCCACCAUUGGGAGACGGGUUAAGAGAAAUCACAGUAGUUAAGAUUUCUAAGCUGGUUUUUAAAAACAAAAGAAUCAUCAAUAAUCUGGGGUGGCUCACUUUGCUUAAAAAACAACAAAAACCCACAGAGGAACAAUCAAGCAACCCCCAAAUCUCAUUACAAGAUUUUACUUCAAAUUUUCUUUCGCUUCAUUCUUUAUUGUUUGCACCACAGCAAACCACUGUCAUAAAGAAACGCAAAUGGCAGGAAAACUGAGCUAUGGUGCAAAUGUUUGGAUAGGAAGGUUCCAAGUUCUCAUUACUAAGUAGCUUAGCUUCCACUCAACCUAAGACGUCAGAUAGGGACUAACCCAUCUGUCAGCUGAGAUCACAAGACAGUGCUGAUUCCAGUGUCAAUUCACACUGAGAGAAAAAAAGAUCAAGACGCAAACAUUUUAAAUUACACAAUAUAUAAACUUCAUAAUAUUAAUGGCAACACAAACAUGGAAGGAAAAAUGCCAUAAAAUACAAAACCAGAAACAAUUCAACUACAAACUUAAUAGGACAAAUACUGACCAACUUGGUACAUUUAGAAAUUUUAUUUUAAGUACUGCUCUUUCUUUAAGUAAGCAAAAGACCCCCAACAAGUAUUCUUCCUCACUAGCUGCUUUAGGAUAUAAAGUUUACAGUUUAUACUAGACAUUAAAGGAAUUGUCCUCCCUCUCUAUUAACUGCCUAUAUAGUUAACUUACUACAUAAUGCUUAAAGAACACAUAUUUAUGGAGGUAUUAAACUUCAGAGUCACAGUAAGAUAUCAGUUUCCCUAAAAUAACGUCAGAGAACUAUGGGUAUCUAUGCUUUUGUUAUGUUCUGAUUUUGCUUCAUUUAGUGAAAAGUGUGUAAUACUGGUUUCUGCAGAUGAAAUUCCACUCUGAAAAAUAGAAUGGUCUAACCAUUAAACAACACAGAGAGUAGGGAAUUCACUUUCUGGCUAGCAGUAUGCAGGAAACUUUCAAACUUGUUUUGUUGUUAUUUGUCACUUUUUCUGUUUUAACUGUUUUUGAAGUAGGGUCUCAUCUAGCCCAGGAUGCUCAUGAAUCCCCACCCCCUUUAUCCUCCCAUCUCCAUCUUUCUACUAGAUUAUAUUUUCACUAAAAAAACAAAAACAAAAACAAAAAAUUGCAUUCAAGUUACCUACAGCCUAUUUAGAAUCUUCAGAGCCCUAUCUACAAAUGUGGAGCUGGGUGUUGUUAUCAUUAAAACACAUUAGCCAGGAACAGGCAUGUAACAGCAAAUUCAUUUCUUGAACAGACAAUGUGCAUAUUUACUUGUAACUAAAAUCGUUCAAGACAGGAUCUCAUGUAGCUCAAGCUGGCCUUGAACUUGUGAUUCUUCUCACUGUACCCCCAAAAUGUUAGAACUACAGGCACCUGCCACCAAGCCCAACAAACCAUCUUCUUUGUCUAUCAAAUGAUUUCAGUUCCAUAAUUUUCAGGUAUGAAUCUUUAUAUCCUUCUGCAUUUUCAAGGACACUAAAUGUCAGGGGCAUGGGUGAAACAAAUGGGAAUUUCAAAUCAAGACCACACAUAAGUUAAAGUGGAACGUUGUCUCACUCAAAUGUCUGUCUUAUUUUGUAAAUGUGUCAAAUAGAGCAGUACAGGUAUUAUACACCCAAAGCUCUAGGAGCAGACAAUGAGCAACCAGAAUUCAGGCUUGAUCAGAUGAGUUUCCAGUCUCACAUUAUCUAUCAUGUUAAUAAGCCCUGCUACCAGAAGGUCAAUCUUCUGCUCACGAAAACCCACAGCCACUAGAAGCUGUCACAUUGACAGAACUAAACAAGGUUACUACCAAUUGAGUCUAAUAUUGGAGUAAACAGUGCUCUAUACCUUGAUAAGCUUCCAAACACAUUAAUGUAUCAUAAACCCAUCCAUUUAAACCACUGACUUUUAUAUACCACUGGUAAAUUUGUAGAUGAAAUGGUCUUCUCUAUUUAAUAAGAACAUCCAAAGACAGUUUUUCUUCCCAGCCUUCUGCAGAACCAUCCCUGGCAUGGUCAUCAGCUGCUGCCAGCCCUGCUUGCCUACCACCAUCUUGUCCUCUCAUCUAAACUCUGAUCUAAACAGCCUUCUGAAAAACUGGAGAGUCAGUUUUUUAGUUUACAAAGCAUUAUGACAAUGUUUAAUCUUAUAAUCUCUAAAGGAGCACAUGUACACUCAAAUUCUUAUCAACUGCCUAUCAGUUAUUAAUACCAACUGUGGCCCCAAGCAUUAGAGUAGAGAAGUUUUAAGAGGCACAGAGGAGGUUAAAGCAGUGACAUCUGGAAGUGGGAAGGGGUACUUCAGACUGUGGGACAAAUGCACAGGUAUUAGGAGAUGGUAUUUUAGCACCUCAGCAAACCUGUUGUGUAAAGUCCAGCUAAGAUGACAAGCGAACAAGAGACAGUAAUUUAAAUAAGAAGAGAGGCUGUGUACCAUUUGGUAAUCAUUUUGAGAUUACUAGAAAAGAAAGUUCUUAUGACUCAAGAAACAAGCUUGGGGCGUUCAUGAAUGUAGAAGUCCUAGUCCCUGCAGCUAUAACCACCGAUCUGGAGCCCUGGAGCUAGACCUCCAAGAGACCUGAGUAUUACAGAAUAGCCACAACUGAGAGAAUUCUAUGAUGAAGGAGAAUUCCAAGGCUGUGACAGGGUUUCAUGCAGUCCAGGCUGACCCUGCAACUCACUGUGUAGAGAAGAAUGGUCAGGAAGAAUCUCAUGAUCCCCUGUCCCUCAAAAGCUAGGAUUAUGCUUGUGCUAUCAUGUCCAGCUCUUAAGAAUUUGAAAUGCCAGUUAAGAAAAAGUAAAAAAAAAUUAAGAGUUUAUGAAUUUCAGGGAGUCAACAACUGGAAGGAAUUUGGAAGCAUACAAAGGAUUCAUUUCCAUUCGACCAAAAAAUGUCCUCUUUUCCUUAAGACAAACUGCUUCAUAUUUAGUUUUUUCUAAGGAAAAAAAUGAUGUAAGGAUAAAGGAGCAAGGGAAUUUACAGAGAAACAAAAAAGGUUAUUCCACAGUUAUACAAAAUGUCCAUUUUAAUAGAUAAGGAGCAAAAAGCUUUCAAUUUGUUAAUUAUAAAACAUAACUACAUUAAAAAUACUGUUUCUUUUAGCUCAUUCACAUUGUAUAACAACAACAAAAAAAAUCUACAAGGAAUGCUACAAACCAAUCUUGAUUUCCAACUACAAAGGGCCUACCGCUAAAAAGAAACAUAAAUUAACAUAACCAUGACCCAGGUUAAAGAAGGUUCUAGGCCCAGCAGGCAUUCAUUUUCUCUCAGCACCAAAUACAGUGUUUGGUGGAAAUAGUACCCAUGCAGUCUGUAAUCCUAGCAAUAGGAGGGUAGGCAGGAGUAUGAGUUCCAAGCUAGCCUAGGUUAUUAAGUAGCAAAACCCAUUCAAACCCUCAUUCCCAUUCCUAAGUCCCACUAAAAAUACAUUUUGUGCUAUUACAAAUGUGCUUUAAAGACGCAGGCUUGAGAGCUUCAACGAAUAUUUACAAGAAAGCAUUUGUAAUUCUAUCUUUUAUUUUUAAAAGGACGACAAAAUGCAAUGUGAAGUAUUGAGAAUGACCUUUCACUUUCAUACAGAAAACACCAGUAGCUGGUAUUCUCCAUUACUGAGCAUACUUAUAUUUGAAAAUACAACCCUCACCAAUAAGAUUAAACUCUCACGGGAUGUACUGACAGGGAGGGUAAUGAACACAAGAAUGUAAGAAGAACGUUUAAAAGGGCCCUUACUUUCAGAUUACGAUAGUCCUUAACCACUUGUCUGUUCUAGGAAACUCAAGUGUUCCUGGGUGUUGUUCACUUGCUUUCAAACUCUGAGUAUGCUGUAUUCUUCUAUUCAGACCCGAAAAACUUGGUGUUUUGUCUGAAAUAGUCAACACUGCUAGCCCUGGUGCCUUCUGAGCCUAGCCUGUCCUCGUUACUCAUACCAGUGACACUCAGGGCCUCCGAGUUGGCUUACAGAAGGGAACUGCCACCUUAUGUAAGCACACUUUGCAAGGAGAAAGGCAGAUAAGAAAAUAGGGCGUCAAACCUUCUCCUCCACUAGCGGCUGGCACACCCCGAAAGGAGUGUCCUUUCGGGGGCUCCCCCACCCCCACCCCCGGCGCAGCUGUUCAGCUGCUGGGGGGAGGGGAAGCGCUUUCAAACAGUCAUCUCUUCCUCUUCGGGCAGCCAACGCCGACCGCAACACCAUCUCCUCCGCCCAAACCCGGUCCCCUCCCCCGCCCUGCCUGGGUCCCGGCCAAACCCCACAGGAAUGCAGCCGGUCACAUGCGCUGCGGCGGCGGUGGACGUGCCUCUCCCCCCGCGCCCCAAGGAGACCCAGCGCCAUCUUGCCCUGACGCAGUUACAAAAGUCACUGGAGAAAUUGCGCCUCCACGGCCGCACCAGCGCCCCAAAGUCUCGCAGAGGCCGAGCCAGGGCCCUCACCUCGCGCAGGAAAAGGAGCAAAUGGUCGGGGAAGAGCCUUGAGACUUCCUUCGGCACUGCUUGGGUUCCAUAGAAGCCGCGGCGACAACGAUCACCGUCAUCACUUCUCCCUCUCUGCCUUUGCAACAGUCUCCCCCGACGACUCUGGCCCCACCCGCUGCUGCAGCAUGAGGUCAUCGUCAGCCAAUCCCUACGCGCCCGACAGAAAUCACCGGGCGCCGAUUGGCUGCCGCCACCGCCUCUGCCUCUCCCCACUCCUCUUACGGAGCACCCAAGGUCGUGUUGCGGGCCAAGAAGACGGAAACCGCCAUUUCGGGGAAAGGCCCCAAAAGCCAGAUCCGUAACCGUGUGACUUUAGUGGGGAAACCUGUUUUAUUUCUUGGCCUCCCCUUUUUGCUUCGAGAAACCAGCUCCGCCCCUCCCUCGUUUAAUCACCGCCACACAAACGAACUCCCGCUCCCCUCCCAGCACACUGUCCCGCGGCCGGGAAUCCUUCCCCGGUGCUAAGAAGUAUAGGAGGCGGCGGCAGCAACUGCACCGGCAACGGCAGCUUUUACCCCAUACACGGUGGCAGGGAGGCGGCGCUGACGAUGGCUGCAAUUUUUUCUGCGGCUUCUCCCCCUGACCUCUUCCGUUUCUUGCUCCUCCAUCGAGACGGCGCCGGACUCGCCCGCUCCGCUUUUAUCCCGUGCCCGGAGCCUGCGCACUGGAGCCUCCUCAGCCACUAGUGGGCGUCGAGUGACAAUCCGACCGGGUUCACCCAGCGCUGGCAGGCCAGGCCGGGGGGGAGGGGGCUGCCGGGACUGAGGCUGCUUGGGGUAGGAGCAAGUGCACCACCUUGGGAAGUGAUGGGAGGGGGAUCGUCCCCGUCCCUGCUGUCAUCCUUCUACCCACUAGUGGCACCCUCAGGCUCACCAACAUCCAGACUUGAGGGCUACUCGGGGACAGCGGGUAAAAAGCCAAGCCCACCGGCUAGCGAGACCUCCCCAACCGUCGGCGAAUGGAUGAAUGCACCUGUUGUAAAAAAGACGGAGCGUCUGGCCAGCUCGCGGCCUCUAGCGUGACGUCUCCACGCCUCGGCGGAGAGGCCGCGUCGGGCCGCAGCCCAUAACCAAGAUGGCGGCGAGUAGCUUCGUCCCCUCCCCCCUGCCCCUGCGGAGCGGGGCGGGCGGGCCCCGUGCGCUUGCCGCCGCCGCCGCCGCCGCUGCCGCCGCCGCCGCCGCCGCCGUCGCCGCCAUUUUCCCAGAGCGAGAAGCAGUGACACUGAGCGGGCGCAGGGGGCCGAGUCGGAGAUCGAGCUUGAGUUCGGGAGCGGCAGCAGAGGGGGCAUAGACACUCUGAGCAGCCUCGGCGUCUCCUCAGCAUUCCUGACUGUGGCCCGCAGUGCCCGACUCCUGGGUUCUCACUGAAGACGCUGCGCGCUGCUGCUUGGGGAGGGGGUGUGGAGCCGGUUCUGCGACCGCAGUGGCUGUCGUCGGGGGUCGACCGAGCGCUGAGGUGUGGAGAGCCUCGCCCGGGGUCGAGCCGAUAACAGGGUUCGGGUGUCUGGUGUGUGACCAUCACAGGUCUAUUCUGGAUAGCAGGUUUUGUGAAGACAUUUAUUCUUUCUUGGACCUCAGAUUUCCCAGACAUCUCAUGGGUUUGUGGAUGCACUUAGAUGUUUGCAAUGAGCACUGUGGCUGGCAUGCCCCAGUAUUUUGGAUACCAAUGCAUAGGACUCCAUAGUAAUCGGAUUUACCAGAGGCGAACGUCAUGAGCAUAGCGAUCCCAUUGGGGGUUGAUACAACAGAAACAUCCUACUUGGAAAUGGCUGCAGGCUCAGAACCAGAAUCCGUAGAAGCUAGCCCUGUGGUAGUUGAGAAAUCCAACAGUUAUCCCCACCAGUUAUAUACCAGCAGCUCCCAUCAUUCACACAGCUACAUUGGUUUGCCCUAUGCGGACCAUAAUUAUGGUGCUCGUCCUCCUCCAACACCUCCAGCAUCCCCGCCUCCAUCAGGUCUCAUUAGCAAAAACGAAGUAGGCAUAUUCACCACUCCUCACUUUGACGAGACUUCCAGUGCUACUACAAUCAGCACGUCUGAAGAUGGGAGCUACGGCACUGACGUGACCCGGUGCAUAUGUGGCUUUACACACGAUGACGGCUACAUGAUCUGCUGUGACAAAUGCAGUGUUUGGCAACAUAUUGACUGCAUGGGGAUUGACAGGCAGCAUAUUCCUGAUACAUAUCUAUGUGAACGUUGUCAGCCCAGGAGUUUGGAUAAAGAGAGGGCAGUGCUACUGCAACGCCGGAAAAGAGAAAAUAUGUCAGAUGGUGACACCAGUGCAACUGAAAGUGGCGAUGAGGUCCCCGUGGAAUUAUACACUGCAUUCCAGCACACUCCAACUUCAAUCACCUUAGCUGCUUCCAGAGCCCCCAAGGUCACUGAUAAGAGGAGGAAAAAAAGUGGGGAGAAAGAACAAAACUUUCCAAAAUGUAAAAAAGCAUUUCGUGAAGGAUCUAGGAAAUCAUCAAGGGUUAAGGGUUCAGCACCAGAAAUUGAUCCUUCGUCUGAUGGUUCAAAUUUUGUAUGGGAGACAAAAAUCAAAGCAUGGAUGGAUCGCUACGAAGAAGCAAAUAAUAACCAGUAUAGCGAGGGCGUGCAGAGAGAGGCGCAAAGACUAGCGCAAAGACUCGGCAGUGGGAGUGACAGCAAAGACAUGAGUAAACCAGAAUUGAGUGUCAACAGCUCCCUCUUCAGACCUCCUGUAGAGAGCCAUAUACAGAAGAAUAAAAAAAUUCUGAAAUCUGCCAAAGACUUGCCUCCUGAUGCACUUAUCAUUGAAUACAGAGGAAAGUUUAUGCUGAGAGAACAGUUUGAAGCAAAUGGAUAUUUCUUUAAAAGGCCAUACCCUUUUGUUUUAUUCUACUCCAAGUUCCAUGGGCUAGAAAUGUGUGUUGAUGCAAGGACUUUUGGGAAUGAGGCUCGAUUCAUCAGGCGUUCUUGUACACCGAAUGCAGAGGUGAGGCAUGAAAUUGAAGAGGGGACCAUACAUCUCUACAUUUACUCUACACAGAGUAUUCCAAAAGGGACUGAAAUUACUAUUGCCUUUGAUUUUGACUAUGGGAAUUGUAAAUACAAGGUGGACUGUGCGUGCCUCAAGGAAAAUCCAGAGUGCCCUGUUCUAAAGCGCAGCUCAGAAUCUACAGAAAACAUUAAUAGUGGUUAUGAGACCAGAAGAAAAAAAGGAAAAAAAGAGAAAGACAUUUCAAAAGAAAAAGAUAUACAAAAUCAAAAUAUUACUUUGGACUGUGAAGGAACAAACAACAAAAUAAGGAGUCCAGAAACAAAACAGAGAAAGCUUUCUCCAUUAAGGCUGUCAGUGUCCAACAACCAGGAACCAGAUUUUAUUGAUGAUAUGGAAGAAAAAACUCCUAUUAGCACUGAAGUUGAAAUGGAAUCAGAGGAGCAGAUUGCGGAGAGGAGGAGGAAGAUGACAAGAGAAGAAAGAAAAAUGGAAGCAAUUCUGCAAGCUUUUGCCAGACUUGAAAAGAGAGAGAAGAGACGAGAACAAGCUUUGGAAAGGAUCAGCACAGCCAAGACGGAAGUCAGGCCCGAGUGUAAGGAGUCGCAGGUCAUCUCUGACGCUGACGUGGUCCAGGAACAAGUAAAGGAAGAAACUGCUAUCAAGCCAACUGCUGCCAAAGUGAACAGAACUAAGCAGAGAAAAAGCUUUUCUCGUAGUAGGACUCAUAUUGGACAGCAGCGUCGGAGACACAGAACCGUCAGCAUGUGUUCAGACAUACAGCCAUCCUCUCCCGACGUUGAAGUUAUGUCACAACAGAAUGAUAUUGAAAACACUGUGCUUGCUAUAGAACCAGAAACUGAAGCUGCAGUAGCAGAGAUAAUCACUGAAGUGGAAGCUCCAGCACUUAAUAAAUGUCCCACAAAGUACCCCAAAACAAAGAAGCACUUGGUCAAUGAAUGGUUAAGUGAGAAGAAUGAGAAGACAGGAAAACCUUCAGACAGCCUUUCAGAAAGGCCUCUGCGCAUAACUACAGAUCCAGAGGUGUUAGCUACACAGCUCAAUUCUUUGCCAGGUCUCACUUACAGCCCCCAUGUAUACUCUACUCCUAAGCAUUACAUUAGAUUCACAUCACCAUUCCUUUCGGAAAAAAAGAGAAGAAAAGAAACUACUGAAAACAUUUCUGGCUCAUGCAAAAAGCGAUGGUUGAAGCAAGCCCUGGAAGAAGAAAAUUCAACAGUUUUACACAGAUAUCAUUCACCGUGUCAGGAAAGGCCCAGGAGCCCUACAGUUAAUGGUGAAAGUAAAAGUCCCCUGCUGCUGAGCGACAGCUGCUCCCUCCCAGAUUUAACCACACCACUAAAAAAGCGAAGACUUUACCAAUUGUUAGACUCGGCUUACUCAGAAAGCUCCACCCCUACUCCUUCACCAUACGCCACCCCAACUCACACGGACAUCACUCCUACCGACCCAGCAUUUGCUACUCCCCCACGGAUCAAAUCAGAUGAUGAAACUUACAGAAAUAGUUAUAAACCCAUAUAUUCACCAGUGACCCCAGUGACCCCUGGCACACCAGGAAACACCAUGCACUUUGAGAAUAUUUCUUCCCCAGAAAGUUCUCCAGAAAUAAAGAGAUGCACUUACAAUCAAGAGGGAUAUGACCGACCUUCAACCAUGCUAACGCUGGGGCCUUUUAGAAAUUCCAACCUAAAUGAGCUAGGCCUGCAAGAAAUAAAGACCAUUGGUUACACCAGCCCCAGGAGCAGGACUGAGGUUAAUAGGCCUUGCCCAGGAGAAAAGGAGUCUGUGUCAGACCUUCAACUGGGACUCGAUGCAGUCGAGCCAGCUGCCUUACAGAAAACCAUGGAAACCCCAGCCCAUGACAGGACUGAGCCCAGCAGCCAACUGGAUUCGACCCACUCUGGACGAGGCACAAUGUAUUCAUCCUGGGUAAAGAGUCCUGACAGAACAGGAGUUAACUUCUCAGUAAACUCCAACUUGAGGGACUUAACACCCUCUCAUCAGUUGGAGAUUGGAGGCGGCUUCCGAAUCAGUGAGUCCAAGUGCCUGACGCAGGAUGAUGCUAGAGGCAUGUUUAUGGAGACAGCUGUCUUUUGUCCCUCUGAAGAUGGGCUUGUCUCUGGUUUUGGACGGACUGUUAAUGACAGUUUGAUCGACGGGAGCUGCACGCCCCAGAAUCCACCACAAAAGAAAAAGGUCUCUCUACUAGAAUACCGUAAGAGACAACGUGAAGCUAGGAAGAGUGGUUCUAAGCCAGAGAACCUUGCUUUGAUUAGUGUGUCACCUCACCCAAGUGGGACUCUAAGCAGCAGUGGCGAUGGCUGUGUCCACAGCAGUGAGAACGGGGAGCAGCCAGAAAACCGGGCUAGCUUGCCUUUAGCACCGCCAGCUGCCGCCUGCACCGCCUCCUGUGAAGAAGGCAGCAGUGACUGUCCUGUCAGAGACGCCAACCCCACUGAGAAGACAGACCCAGAAGUUCAGUGGACUGCUUCCACCUCAGUGGAGCAAGUGAGAGAGAGAAGCUAUCAGAGAGCGUUAUUGCUCAGUGACCACCGCAAAGACAAAGACGGCGGGGGAGAGUCACCAUGUGUCUCAUGUUCACCGAGUCAUGUUCAGUCUUCACCUUCAUCUCAUUCAAACCACAUUCCCCAGGUGCCCGCUCAGAGCCUAGCCCCUCCUUUGACUGAACCUAUGGCAGACCUUGAUCCUGAAGGUACAGAAGCCACAAGUACAAGUGAAUGUCCAUCCCCUGACACUUCUCAGAGCCCUUCUAAAACAAGCAAGCCUGGUUCACCAGGGCCAAUCAAUCCUGCUCAGUCACAUGGGAAAAUGCUCACAAAACCAGAUUCCCACUGGGAGGCAACUGCCACUGUAUCAGAAGCUGAGAGCAGUGUUCACCUAAAACCAGAGCUUCAGCAAAAACAGCUGUCAAGUAACACCCCAGCACUUUCAAAGAACCAUCCUCCUCAGGCCCACGUUCGAAAUGCAAACGAUCAACUUCCGCAAAAGCUGCCUUCUGCACCAACAAAAUUGCACUGUCCUCCGUCCCCUCACACAGAAAACCCUCCCCAGUCCUCCACGCCUCACACGCCUGUGCAGCAUGGUUACCUCUCACCAAAGCCUCCUUCACAGCACCUAGGAUCUCCCUUCAGGCCUCACCAUUCACAGUCACCUCAAGUCGGAACUCCUCAACGCGAGACUCCGAGAAGUUUGUAUCCAGCGGCACAGAACCUUCAAGCUAAUGCUCAGCAGGCACCUUGUGGAGCGUUAUUUACCCAGACACCCUCAGGCCAGUCCUCGGCAGCAUACAGUCCGUUCAACCAACAGGCUCUGAGCAGCCCGGCCCCGCCCCCCCCACCCCCUCCGCCUCCUUCAGCAUACUAUCAAAACCAGCAGCCCUCUGCAAACUUUCAGAACUACAAUCAGCUAAAAGGUAGUCUUUCCCAACAAACUGUGUUUACAUCUGGACCAAAUCAAGCACUUCCUGGCACCACAAGCCAGCCAUCCGUUCCUGGACACCAUGUUACUCCGGGCCAUUUUCUGCCGUCUCAAAACCCUACCAUUCACCAUCAAACUGCUGCUGCUGUGGUCCCACCCCCGCCUCCACCACCGCCUGCUCCAGGACCUCACCUCGUACAACAGCCAAACUCACAUCAGCAGCACUCUGUAGCACAUGUAGUUGGGACAGUUCAUGCUGUCACCCCUGGGUCACACAUUCAUUCUCAAACUGUUGGACACCAUUUACCACCACCUCCUCCACCUCCUGGUCCUGCCCCACAUCACCAUCCUCCACCCCAUCCUUCCACAGGACUGCAAAGUCUGCAAGCACAACACCAGCAUGUAGUAAACUCAGCACCCCCACCGCCCCCUCCUCCUCCUCCUCCAGCCAGUGUUCUGGUUUCUGGGCAUCAUUCAGCAUCAGGUCAAGCCUUACAUCACCCACCUCAUCAAGGACCUCCACUUUUUCCUGUGAGUGUUCAUCCGGCUGUACCGCCGUACCCCUCACAAGCCACACAUCACACCACUUUGGGACCGGGACCCCAACACCAGCCUUCCGGAACAGGGCCACAUUGUCCAUUACCAGUUCCAGGUCCUCAUCUCCAGCCCCAAGGACCAAACAGUAUUCCAACACCUACUGCUUCAGGGUUCUGUCCUCAUCCUCACCCUGGCUCUGUGGCCCUGCCACAUGGGGUGCAAGGACCUCAGCAGGCAUCGCCAGUGCCUGGACAGAUUCCAAUUCACAGAGCACAGGUGCCACCAACAUUUCAAAACAAUUACCACGGUUCAGGGUGGCAUUAAAAUGGACUCCAAUAACAUUUUUUAAAAUGUUCUGUAAGAUAAACUGUAUAUUUCAUAUGUACCUGUUAAGGUACUUUUUAAAGCUUGUACAUGAAACUUUGUAUAAAAAAGACAAAAACAAAACAAACAAACAAAAAAAAAACAAAACACCAGUGCUCUUCCAUUGUAUUUUUCCCAUUUUUGCUUUUUAAGAUUCCGUAUGAAAUGUGCUAAGCCAGUCGUAGGCAUCUUAAUUCUGUAAGUGAGCAUUCCAACUGUCUUUUCUGACCAGAGAGCUGAUGUACAUGACCUUAAAUUUCAUUGUUGCAGUUAAAUUCAUUUAGUGACUAUUUUCUGUAUUAUUUUAUACAUAUGCAUUAAGUAUACAGCUAAAGAAAGCACUAAGGAUUUUCUUUUUUAUGGUCAGCAGUUCUUUGAGUGCACCUUAGGUCUGAAAAUGCAAUACAGGUUUUUAUAAUUUGGUGUGGACAUGGCUCAUUUUGUUUUAUCAGUUUUUUGCAAGCAAAAUGUAAUUUAAUGUGUAGAUAAUUUCUAGUGUCUCCUGACAGAUGUAAAUACUGCAUUUCUUUUGCGUGUAUAAUUGCUUCCCACCCUUUUCAUUUGGUAUAUAGCAUUGUACAUAUGCAAGUCUUUGCAAAAGUGUGAUCUCUGUGGAGUAGUACAGCACAUGGCCUUUCCUUUUUAUUUCAGUAUGCUGUCACAUUGAAGCACUGGCUGGGCAUUUUAAUUCAUGUUAAUAAACCACAAUUAUGUCAGUUUUA